AUGACAUUGCCCUGCGGCGACAUCUUCCAGCAGGAGCUGACACAGUGGGGCCUCUGCUGUGUCAUGCGCCCUAACGAAAUCCAACUGUCAUCAAUUUUAACGACCCGCUUCACAACUUCGCGGCGGCUGCUCACCGGCAUGCAGUUCUCUGACCACAGCCGCGUCUAUGGCUGCGAGUUUUUUACAAAAUACCCGGGCGAGGAGUGGGUGGAGCCAGUUCCCCUGACUCCGGGCUACAACUACAUGGGCUCGCUGACGUCCACCUCUAUAGUGGACAGCGACGCGGACAAGCUCGUCAACAACCGCUGCGUCUACAGGGACCGCUACACCAUGAGCAACUGCAUGAUAAAAUGCAAAGAGAAGUUGUGCGGCUGCGCUGACCCUCUGCAAACCAACGAGGACAACGAAACGAGCGGCCUACCCACCUGCUCCAUAACAAACCUCAACUGCUUGCGGACUUACAAGAAUGAUAAUUUAAGUUGCAACUGCCUGCCGUCCUGCAGAAGAGUAUCAACGGACUUAUCCCUUGAAUUCAGUCCCAUGAAUGCCUUCGAACACGCUUUCGACAACAUUUAUUCGGGUCUAAACGCAAGCCAGGCGGUGGUGCUCAGCCUACACAUCAAGAUCACCGACUCCAAGAAAUUCGUCGUCAACCCAACAGAGACUUGGAUCACUUUGUUAUCGUCUCUCGGUGGCGUGUUCAACAUGUUCCUGGGUGUGGGCUUGUUCAGCGCGCUGGAGCUGCUCUUCCUCAUCUUUGUCAAGUUGCCGAUAGCUUUGAGGAAAUCCAAGGAGUUGCCACCACUAAAAUAA